CUCUCCGUCCCGUCGUCCGUCCUCGCCGCGUGUGGAGUCUGGGAUGCCUGCCUGGCUGCUGGGCACACCGAAUGGCUGCUUGGGGACUUGGGUUUCUGGCUCCGGAGGCUGGAUUCUUGGAGUGCUUGGCGUGCGCGUGACUUCCACAUGACCGAGGAGGAUGGCCGUUCUCGCGUUCUCGGCGAGAACAGCGCGGCUGCUCGUCGUCGUCUCCAUCUGCCCACACCCUCGAUCCAACAUGGCCGACGUAUCGGCCAAGCCCAAGCAGACCCCCAACGACUUUUUGUCCAAUGUCUUUGGACGACCUGUUAUUGUCAAGCUCAAUUCGGGUGUCGAGUAUCGAGGCGUUCUCUCCUGUCUCGAUGGCUACAUGAACAUUGCGUUGGAGCAGACAGAGGAGUUUGUCAAUGGUCAGCGAAAGAAUGCAUACGGCGACGCCUUCAUCCGCGGAAACAAUGUCUUGUAUAUCAGUCUUCAGAAAGAAUAGCUCCACUGGCGUGUGAAAGCAUUUGCCUCGGCAAUUAUCUGGAUGCCGGCCGACCCUCUUGAAUCCCGAUGCCCACGACAUCACGGGAUCGGGCGGAAAUCCUGCUUGCGAGGCUCCUUGGAUUCCAUCGGAGGGGCCACCGGCCGGCAAUCGCAGCUGCAAAUAUAGUUGCUCGGAUGGAGAGCAAGCUAUUCGCCCCCCCCCGGCUGGGCCUCACCUCCAUUUCUCUUUCGGCCGUGCGGGUUCUAUGGUCAGGAC